AUGGGUCUGAUGGCCGGACCUGAAACCGUCGACAAAUCAGGAUUCAUCCAGAGACCUUCUAUCCCAUUCCCAAUCAACCGGCCCUCUGGGCUUCAUGUUUGUCGUCCGUGCUACCCCCUUGAGCUCUUCGAAGCUGACCGACGCUCAGCGCAUCUCAUCACCAACGCUUUGCAAAAGGAGUCCAUGUAA